AUUAUUGGGAAAGAUAUCGUCAUUUGUUCAGCGUGCAUAUGAUAUAGCUUUUUACCAAAACAUUAAACAAAUUUAAGUUAGAGCCUUGCUCAUAUAGAAAUCCUGAUAUUUCCCCUCCCUAACCCCUGUGCCACAUUUAAUUAAAACAUACCACAUAAUGGUGUACAGGGCCAGACAAACAAGGAAAACUUAGAGCUAUGUCCAACGUACCUAUAUCCAAAGUGGUCAGGUCAUUAAAUGAGGAACGAACCCGGGAGUGGCUGGCAGCACAGGCUGCUCCAGAUGAGGAUGAGGUAGAAUCAAUUGCCGAAUCAUCGGUUGUGGACAGCCUGGAUUAUGAAUACAGCGAAUACACCCAGGAUGAUGAUGAUGAUGAUGACGAAGACCAAAACACAGCAGAGGAAAUCAGUACCAUGACAUUGGGCACUCCAAUCACUGCGACCAAGCGUUCCAAAAUUAGUGACACUUUACGAGACCUUAUGAACUCUAUCAACAGUAUUCAAACAGUGGGAAAUGUUAACAUCAGUAAUUCCACAAAUGUACAUAUUGGUAAUGUGACCAACAUCAAUGGCAACAUACAGAUAAUAGCAAACAGCUUGAGUCGAGCUCGACACGAGCGUCGAAAAACUUCGCUCACAGAGGUUCCAGCUCCAGACAUUGAACCAAACAAUAACAAUAACAGCGAAGACGAAACGGAAGAGCGAGUUUGCUCAGAUGUUUUCAUCAAUAGUCAAAAGUUCAAAAUACCAAAGGAGCUGUGUUCCAUUAUUCCCCGACAUUCCUGGCUGGCCCAAACUCCCAUGGAAAAGCCAGAAGUACUACAGCGACCCGUUAAAUAUGUGGUGAUUUUACACACGGCCACCGAGAGUUCCGAGAAACGCGCCAUUAAUGUGCGUCUAAUCCGUGACAUGCAGGUAUACUUACAGUGCUUUCACAUCGAGUCGCGGAGAUGGAAUGACAUUGCUUAUAACUUUCUUAUUGGUUGUGAUGGCAACAUCUACGAAGGACGCGGGUGGCAUGCGGUUGGGGCGCACACAUUGGGAUACAACAGGAUCGCACUGGGCAUCAGUUUCAUCGGUUGCUUCAUGCGAGAAUUGCCCACGCCGGAUGCUUUAAACAUGUGCCGUAAUCUUUUGGCCCGCGGUGUGGGGGAUGGGCACAUUGCACCCGAUUAUCGACUUAUCUGUCACUGCCAAUGCAACUCAACGGAAAGUCCAGGCCGGCGGCUGUAUGAGGAGAUACAGGCCUGGCCACAUUUCUACAAUAUUGAGAAGGAGAAACAGUAGUCUUACUGCAUUUAAAAAGCUGUUGUUACUUCUCUUGCGAUACCCUUACAUGAUCGGUUCGGACAAAUAUUCUAUGGCUUUGAUAUUUGUUUGUUGAAUAAAGUUCUAUAUUGAAACUAA